GGCAUUAUAUCGCGGCAUCUUGGGGGGUAAACAUCCCUUGCCGGUUCUCUAUAUUGCUAAGUUAAUACUUAGUAACUUUGUAAGCUGAUUAAGUUAAAGAUGGUGUUCACAAGACCUUCAGACAUUCCUUUCCCCACGAUAUGGCGUCGAUUCUCAUCUAACAAGGGUCCUCUGAGGAUCCAGGACCUGACGGACGAUCUGUUUGAUGAGGCAGUGGAUCUCCUGACUCGGUACUUCAUGAGGGAUGAGCCUCCUUGCAAGUAUAUUGGUAUCCAAAACUAUCCUUCAGCUAUGAAAGAGCUGCAGAAGCUGUGGAGGUCUCCUCUCAAGGAGCACCUGUCCCUGGUCUGUGUGGAGGAUAAUGAUGACCAGCCUCCGAAGGUCGUUGGAGUCAACAUCCUCACUGUCGUCUGCAAGGAGGAUAAGGAAGAGCCUUUCCAUACGGACGACAAAAUCUGGGCUCAACUCUUCGGCGCAGUGGACCUGGUGACGAGGUCGGUGGAUGUGUUCGAGCGGUACGGGGUGGACAAGUAUCUGACUGCGUACGGCCUGGUGGUGGACCCCAGCUGGAGAGGCUGCGGGGUUGGGAAGGAACUGCUGUUGGCUAGGAUUCCACUAUGCAAGGCUCUCAACAUCAAGGUAACAGCGACUGUCUUCACAGCGGGCGCGUCGCAAGCGGUCGCAAAGAAAGCAGGAUUUGUCGAUCUAUUCGAAAUAACGUAUGAAGAAUUGGCCAAAAAAGGUUUUGUGUUCCCGGGCGUAGAGAAAGAUACGAAGUCCUCAAAAUUAAUGGCCUUGGCCAUUGAAUAAAGUUUUUAAAACAAUAUUCGGUGUUGCUAUUUGUAGUGAAGUUUAAUUUAGCCCAUUUAUGGGGAAAUGUUUAAUGUAGUAAAAGCAAUAAUGACGUGUAUUCUAUGCAAUGAUCUCAUUAUAAUUAUCGUAGGAUUUUUAUUCCAUAUAUUUGUUUAAAAACCUCAAAAAUUAAAUACUACUUAUAAAUAAUUAUAUUAUAUAAAAAUAGGAGUCGCCCAGUAGCAGGAGCAUGGUCUAAUCUACCGGUGUUUAGGGCUACAAAGACAGAUACCUCAUCACAAUGCGUGCCGCGUCCAGGAGAACUGCCUUCUGUAACAGGCCCUAUUUUCUUCUCCUUUAAUAAUAUCUUCUGAUUUAUUUUGUUCCGGGUUCCAAGACAGUCAUUCAUCUCUUUGACCCGCCGGACUUCAGUGUUCCGGUGUUUUCAUGGUUGUAUCUACUUUAGAUCCUGGUGCACAGUUGCAGCGGUAUGGGAGGUUGCGUAUCAGGCCCUUGAUCCAUCCACCUAACGCCAGCCUCCUAGGUAGAAAUGUUACGCUUAUAGAUACCAAAGAAAUGUAUCUUCUAGUUCCCUAUUAUUCUAGUCAUUAGUUUUAAGAAUUUAUAUUGCUAUUAUAAUUUAUAAAAUAAUAUUUAAAAUGUACUUCGGGUAAAAAUAUAAUAUAUACGCUUAUUUAAACUGUAAAAAAUAUAUUAAUGUGAUAUUGGAAUAUUAUAUAACCAAGCAAAUUAA